UGAUGAUUGGUUAUAUCACGGUUCUCCGUGAAAGGCUCAGCCGAUUCCUUGUUACGUUCUGUGCCUUAAACCGUCUGAACAUUUCUGUCAACAUGAAAACACCAAGGAAACUGCAUGGGAUCAUCGUUGAAACGGAUUUACCAUACUGAUCUCUGCAGACGAGCCCAGGACUAUUCGUCCAUGAGGCCACGCGACACAUGCCGGAAGUCAUUUACAAAUCACACGCGCGCACAAGACGUUUUAGGGCGUCCAUUUCACCUGGUGAGCAUGCCUGUGGCCUGUGGGAGGAAACUGUAGUACCCGGAGAAAACUCACGCGCACAUGGGCAGGACAUGCAAACGCAGAAAAGUCACCGGUCCGACCGGGGGAUCGAAUCCGCAAGUGCAAUGUUGAAAUUCCAUUGUCUCGCGAUACUUGAUCACUACCUCUGAGAUCUCGUUCCUACAAACAAAGAUGGCGGCACGUGUCUCGUCCAUGCGGCUGUGAAGAGAGACGUCUUUAGUUUUUUCUCUAUAUAUUACCUUUGUAUGGUGGACGACGAUCAAGAUAGAAUACAGUUAAAGUCAAGAUGCAGCACGACGACGUGAUCUGGGACAUCAUUGGAAACAAACAGUUCUGCUCCUUCAAAGUCAAGACGAAGACGCAGAACUUUUGUCGAAACGAGUUCAACAUCACGGGUCAGUGUAACCGCACAUCCUGCCCGCUCGCCAACAGCCAGUACGCCACCAUCAGAGAAGAGAAGGGUCAAUGCUUCCUGUACAUGAAGGUCAUCGAGAGGGCAGCAUUUCCUGAACGCCUGUGGGAGAAGGUGAAGCUCAGCAAGAACUAUGAGACAGCUCUGGACCAGAUCGACCAGAACCUCAUCUACUGGCCUCGGUUCCUGCGGCACAAAUGCAAGCAAAGGUUCACCAAAAUCACCCAGUACCUGAUCCGCAUGCGCAAGCUGGUGCUAAAGAGAAGAAGGAAGCUGGUGCCGCUCAGCCGGAAGGUGGAGCAGCGUGAGAAGAGGAAGGAGGAGAAAGCUCUGAUCGCCGCUCAGCUGGACAAUGCCAUUGAGAAGGAGCUGCUGGAGCGCCUGAAGCAGGGGACGUACGGCGACAUCUACAACUUCCCUGUGCAUGCCUUUGACCGAGCGCUGGAUCAGCAGGACGAGGAGAGCGAGUCAGAGGAGGGAGAGGAGGGAGAGGAGGAGGAGGAGGAGGAGGAGGAGGAGGAGGAAGAGGAAGAGGAUGUGGGCGCCAGAGAGUUCGUCGCAGAAGAGGAACUGGAGGAGAGCGACCUGAGCGACUUUGAGGACAUGAACCGACUCCAGACCAGUAGUGACGAAGAGUCCAGUGAUGAAGACGAUGGAGCUCAGAAGGCCAAGGCUCCCAGGUCAAAGGGCAAAUCCCCCGCAAAUGGUGUGGCGGCGAGGAGGAAGCGAGCCUUCGUGGAGAUCGAGUACGAGCAGGAGCCUGCCAGCAAGAGCAGAACGACCUCGUGACCUGUGAUGUCACAGCAGAGUCUUUGUUGAUGGAACUUUUCUCAUUCUUUUGUCAGUUCAGACGUCGCACAGUAAAAACGUUUG